AAAGAUGAAGGGAAGAACAUUCUUGUGUCUCCUGAAAAACUAGAUUAAUCUCUUCCAUGCGGUUAAGGUUUUCAGUUGUCUAAGCAGAUCAUCUAUCUGUGAUUAAUCCAUUUCUUGGGUUCUGGAUGUCUUGGCUUGUUUUUGGCUGAAUCUUCUCAAGUCUCAAACAGGCCAAUACAUUUGUUUCAUUCAUAUUCUUGAUUCAAGAUUUGAUAGUUUUUGAAUUGGAAGGGAAGGCAAGAUGAACUGCUUUACAUGUUGCAUGUCAGAACAAAAACUCAGCAGAAAGUCAUUGAAAGAAAGCAUUAAGGAAUACCAUGACACGAAAACUUUAGCCUCAUUCGCUAACAUCUCUUUCAAGAGUGAUAGCAGCAGACUAAGGUAUAUAGCCGAUGAAAUAAAGAAAAUUGGAAAAGGAAAUAUAUCUGCUGAUAUCUUUACAUUCCGCGAGUUAUCUUCAGCAACUAAGAACUUCAACCCUGACAAUCUGAUUGGAGAAGGUGGUUUUGGGAGGGUGUACAAAGGGCAGAUGGAAAAAACGAACCAAGUUGUUGCUGUGAAGCAACUUGACAGAAAUGGAUUCCAAGGAAACAGAGAAUUCCUUGUAGAAGUUUUGAUGUUGAGUCUUCUUCACCAUCCUAAUCUUGUUAAUCUUGUUGGAUAUUGUGCUGAUGGUGAUCAAAGGAUUUUAGUAUAUGAUUACAUGCCGAAUGGCUCUCUUGAAGAUCACCUUCUUGAUUUAGCACCAGGGAAGAAGCCUUUGGAUUGGAAAACUAGGAUGAAAAUAGCAGAAGGUGCAGCAAGAGGACUUGAAUACUUGCAUGAAUCAGCAAAUCCUCCUGUAAUAUACCGUGAUUUCAAAGCAUCAAACAUAUUACUAGACGAGGAUUUCAAUCCAAAGCUGUCAGAUUUCGGGCUGGCAAAGCUGGGUCCAACUGGUGACAAGACUCAUGUGUCCACAAGAGUGAUGGGAACUUAUGGCUAUUGUGCACCUGAAUAUGCAUUGACAGGACAGUUGACAUCAAAGUCUGAUGUCUAUAGCUUUGGAGUUGUGUUCUUGGAGAUAAUCACAGGAAGAAGAGUAAUCGACAACUCGAGACCAACAGAAGAACAGAAUCUAGUUAUUUGGGCAACACCAUUGUUUAAAGACAAAAAGAAGUUCAUAUUAAUGGCAGAUCCAUUAUUAGAAGGCAAAUACCCUUUAAAGUCUCUAUAUCAAGCACUUGCAGUAGCAGCCAUGUGUCUACAAGAAGAAGCUGCUACUCGGCCUUUAAUGAGCGAUGUUGUUACAGCUCUUGAAUAUUUAGCAGUCAAAAAAGGAGAACUGGAUCAUGAGGACAUGGAUGAUCAUAUUCUGAAUGUAGCUUCUCCUGAUAGUAGACAAGAUGACUGAUGAUAGGGGUAGGAAAUUGGAAGAAGAGUGACUUGUUAACAAAAAAAAAAUUUCAUGACACUGUUAAAAUCAAACAACCAAAUUUCUUUUUCCAUUGCUAAAACAUAUCAUUCUUUUUAGAUAUUUUCUGGGUUUUUCUUAAUACCCAGAAUUGGUUGUGAUUUGCUAAGAACUGCCCGUGUUCAUAAAAUUAUUGUCAGUUGCUAUUACAUCUGUUUGGAAGAAAAGAUCAAUGUGUAUCUGAGCAGUUUGAUGAACAGUUUCUAAUCAUAUUAUUAUAUGA